CAUUUUAGCUACCUUAUUUUAAUUGCGUGUUCUGAUAUUGUUCUUAAUUUGAACUCUAUAUUUAUUUUCCCGGAUUGUUUGUGCCUAAAUAAAGUAAAUUUCAUUCAGAUAACAAAAAACUUCUCGCGGUUCUCACGUAGUUCAACAUGUCUAAAUCACGGUCUCGAUCUAGAUCACGUUCACCCUUAUCCGGACGAUCUCGGUCAUCCAGUGUGCAAAUCGAAUCCUACGAGAUACCAGAUAGCCCUUCGAAGAAUUCAGAAUCAAAGACCGCGGAAAAUGACGAUUUUGACUUCCGAAGGUUCAUGGUCAAAAAUGCACCAUUCAACUGGAAAUGGGAGAAACUAAGAGAACACAUUGGCCGCAUAAGCCAGUCACCGGUUGUGAAAGCCCAAUUGCCUCAUGUUUCUCUCCAUAAAAGAGGUGAAUUCAUAGUAAGGUUUACAUCCAGUCUUCCAGGCUCCAUUUGCUACAAGGAACUUGAUGGAUGUGAAGUAGAAGGACAGAAGCUUAAAGUACUACCUUAUGAAGGUCAAAAACAGGAUACUUCGAAAUAUAAAAACAAGUUUGAAAGUUUCAGAAAAGGAAAUGACAUGAAACCUAAAAAGAAAAUAGUAAAAACAACAACCAUCUCCUCAGAUCAAAAUACAAAUGAAACCUACGGUUUGAGUAUGAAUUUCUUAAAUUCAUUAGGAAUCAAGCCUCCUUUGAUAAAUAAAAUUUUUGUAGGAAAUCUAUCACCUCAAGUUGACAAGGAAAAGCUUAGAGAGGUUUUCGGUUUUGCCGGCACCGUCACAAGUGUAUACUUGAUCACAACUUCCACUCAGAAAGCUGAAUUGAUGAAAAGAAGUGCCAAAAUAGAAUUCGACCAUCCUGUUGAGGCCGUCCAGGCAGUAUCUAUGUUCCACCAACAAGAGCUAUACGGACGAGGUAUGGUGGUACAAAUGGACCAGCAUCCUCAUAUGCAAUCUUUGCCAGAUGGACUCGCAUCUUUAGGUCCAGGGUUGGGUCCAAACGGCGAACCGUUAAAAGGGAUAAGGCACUUAGUAGAAAUACAGCCUCUGAAACAGCUAAUGUCCCAGGAAUUAGCCGAGUUGAAAGCGAGGAAAUCUCAUGAAAUGGCACAAACUCAAGCUAACUUGCUCAAUGCAAACAGCUCAAGCCUUUUGGGCAAUCCUUUACACAACAUUAUGACUCCACUUAAUGUUAACACAAUGAAUAUGAAUCCUUUGAACUCUGCAUCUUCUAUAUUUGGUAUAACUCCAGCUGGUUUGAGUCAGAGCCAAGCAAACAUUCAGUCUUGGCAGGGAUUAUUGCAGCAGCAUAUGGGUGGUGAUUUAGCGACCACAUUGGCCGCUCUGCAAACACAUAAUGUCAAUAACAAAGCGGUCAGUGGUUUCGCUCAACCAAUAUUGCCAAUGGGACAAAAUAGACCAAAUACACAGACGUCGACUUCAAAUAACGGCACAAGCUUUGAUUCAGUUUUAGAUGACAGGCAAAUCAAACCAAUAGAAGAUAAGGAAAGGAACGCUAUGACCUCCUCAGACAUGUUAGUGUUUAACAAUUUGCCUCCCAGCGUGACAGUUCAAGCUUUGAACAACAAAAUGCGUGAGAUAGGGGAGAUAGUGUUCGCCGAGAUCACGGGCCAGGGCCGCGCCAUAGUACGCUUCCGGAGCAACGACGAUGCAGAUCGCUGUGUCAAAAUUUUUGACCGCUCCAAAGUGGAUGGGCAGACGAUCGAAGUCAAGUUCUUCUAAAAUGUGCUCUGUUGUUUGUAUCCAGAAGCAAGAAGAUUUAUGUAGGUUAAUCUGUAGAUGUCUAGUUUGAAAUAUCACUUUCUCGUAUUUUUCCCGUGUAAGUAAAGAAACUGUCGUCUUAGGUCCCUACCGACCUUAAGUAUUGUAGAUGUUUAAUGUAAGCCUUAGCUUUUCAUUUUUCUUCAUGGUACAGAUUAUUUUGAAUUAAAAAUAAAUGGUUUGGAG